GGCCCAAAUCCCAGAGUAGCAGUAGCAGACGACUUUCAGUAGUAGUGUUUUUUUUUAUGAUAAAGUUUUGAAUUUUUCGAAGUUAACUCCGGGUUUCCAUUUUCACUUUGAAACAGAUAUCCUAGUCUCCUGCUAGUCUGCUUGAAUAACGUAUAAAUCAGAAGCUAUAAUUUUGAAACGAAUAAGGGAAAAAUGCGCUGCGUUUCCUAUAUUUUUUCGUCCAUCUCUCAUUUCCCAUGCUUUCAUCGCUGGAGCUUCAGAACAACGAGGAAGUAUAGCUCAAACAAUUAUGCAUUUCAUGUUCCAGUCAUGCACAAGGAAGUUCUUGAAAUGUUUCAACCACAACAAAAUCAAAAGUUCCUUGAUUUGACAUUCGGAGCAGGAGGACACACUAGAAAAUUACUAAGUUCAGCCAGAAAUAUUACAGUCUAUACCCUGGAUCGAGAUCCAUUGGCAUAUGAACUUGCCAUCCAAUUAGCAAGUGAAACAACUAAUGGCCAGGUUGUGCCACUGUUAGGAAAAUUCAGUGAUCUGCCACAAUUAUUGUCCGAUCCAGAAACAUGCAACUUCUUGGACGGAAUUCUUGUUGAUUGCGGUUGCUCAUCGAUGCAAUUCGACACAAGAGAAAGAGGAUUUUCUUUGAGUAAAAAUGGACCGUUAGACAUGCGUAUGGAUCAAAAUAGAUUGGAAAACCAGCCUUCAGCUAAAGAUAUUCUUGCUAAUAUUGACGAAGAUAGUCUCGCUCGCGUCUUGAAAGUCUACGGAGAAGAAAAACAGGCCAAAAAAAUUGCAAGAGCUAUUAUUGAAGCGCGAUAUUUAUUCAAAAGUCUCCAAACGACACAUGAAUUGGCGCAACUGAUAGAAAGUACCUGUGGUUUAAGUACCCGAACCGAUAAACUUCAACGACCAAGUCACGUGGCUACCAAAACUUUUCAAGCAUUGAGAAUUCUCGUCAAUGAUGAGCUCAAUGAACUUGAAUUUGCCGUAAGAUAUGCUCAUCGAGCUUUGAAAAUUGGAGGCAAAUUGGUUACAAUCACCUUCCAUUCUUUAGAGGACAGAAUCGUAAAGGAACAUCUCCAUGGAUUCGAUUAUUCUGCAAAAAGUGAAGAGAUAUACAAAAACUAUGGCAGACAACUUGAUCCAUUGCUUCCUUUGGCAGAGAUGGAACGGAAGUGGGAAUCCAUCAACAAACAUGUCCUUGUUCCUUCAGACGAAGAAGUUAAUGGAAAUCCACGCAGCAGGUCCGCAAAACUAAGAGCAGCAAUUAAGAUUCGAUGAGUCGAUAUGUAUUUUCGUUGAAAUAUAUGUAUUUAUAUAUUUUAAA